CGAUCGAUUCUCUCGGCUUGCCUUUCCACCCCCCCCUUCCCGGUCACACGCACCAUCCCAAUCCCGGUCCCGGUGCCAGGGGAUGUAGGAGGACGCGCGGCCGCAGGUACCCGGGCAGCGCCGCCGCCACGUCCCCCGGCACGCCGCCUACCGCCUGCAAGGGCGGGCGCAGCCGCCGCGGCCGCGUGGGUUCAGGCGCUCCUCGGGGACACCGGGACGGGGCACCGCCGCUCCCCGUGCGCCCCAGCCCGGCCCCGCCUCGCUCUCCGUGCCUUUACUGUGUGCCUUCCCGCGCCCCGGGGCCAUGGAGCACGCGUUCACGCCGCUGGAAUGCCUCCUGCCCGCCGGAAACCUGAAGUUUUGCCUUCUGAUUCUGAACCAGCCUUUAAACAAAGGUCAUUUCCAUUGUCUGUGGAGCAAAGGUGCUUAUGUGACUUCAGCAGCUUGUGAGUGGGAACACUGGCAAGUCAGAGCCUGUGCAGCUGCCCUGAGAGCUUGUGCUGAUGGAGGUGCCAAUCGUCUCUACUACAUCACGGAAGGGAGCCAGGAACGUUUUUUGCCUGAUUACAUCAGUGGUGAUUUUGAUUCCAUUCAGCCUGAAGUCAAGGAGUUCUACAAGGUCAAGGGAUGUGAGUUAAUUGAGACCAUGGAUCAGGACCUCACAGAUUUCACCAAGUGUCUUCAGAUACUCCAGAAAAAGAUAGAGAAGAAGGGCCUCCAGAUUGAUGUGAUUGUGACUUUGGGCGGACUUGGAGGACGCUUUGACCAAACAAUGGCAUCAGUGGAAACGCUUUUUCAUGCAACAAAUAUCACUCCCUUUCCAGUCAUAGUUAUCCAGGAGUGCUCACUGAUUUACCUGCUUCAACCUGGCAAGCACAAGCUGCGUGUGGACACAGGACUGGAAGGUGCCUGGUGUGGCCUCAUCCCCAUUGCGAACUCCUGCGAGAGCGUGACCACGACAGGCCUGAAGUGGAACCUCACUAACCAGGUGCUGAAAUUUGGAACACUCGUCAGUACUUCCAACACCUAUGAUGGCUCUGGGAUUGUGACUGUGGAGACAGACAAACCUUUGCUGUGGACAAUGGCUAUCAAAAGAUAAGAUCAGCUACAGCUGCCUUUUCUGAUCCAACACAACUCCAAUUACUGCAAAAUUUCACUGAAUUAAGACAGUAAAGCUGUUCCAAAAAAUAUAAGCAGGCACUGAUUUUAUGUAUCGAAUGGAAAACAAGUCUGAAAUAAAAGUUACUUGAGAUCCAAUCGAAA